AUGGCUGCAAGGAACCCUGUGUUUGCAAACCCAAAACCCUGCAAGCAUCUUGCAGAUUAUAAGCUGAGUCAUGGCUUGAGUGGAUACAAAUCCCUUCAGAAGUGGCUCAAAACCAGUCCAAAUGGAAAUACAAGCAUUAAAAUGCGUGAAACAAAGAUGCCCAGAUGCAGUUUCUGCAGUGGGUUUCAUCGAGGUAGACUGUAUCUGUGUCUGAUUUGUUCUUCAAUGUAUUGUCCAGACCACACCCUUUUGCAUAGUCAAUCUGGGAAUGGUCAUGAUAUAGCUGUUGACAUUGACAGAUCAGAACUUUAUUGUUGUUCAUGUAGCGAUCAGGUCUAUGACCCUGAUUUUGAUAAGGUUGUUGUGUCUAAAAAUAUUAUGGACAUGCCAAAUAAGACACAGGAUAGUGUGGUUGAUGAUUUAACGAGGAGAUCAAGCAAGAGGAGGAGGUUGAAUUCAUUGGUGGAUUUGGAUUUGAAAAAGUCUAAGCUUUUGGUUUCAGUGAGAGAUCGAAGGGCGAAAUCGUGUUAUCCAUUGGGAUUGAGAGGAUUGAACAAUUUGGGCAGUACUUGUUUCAUGAAUUCUGUGUUGCAAGCAUUGCUUCAUGCACCACCAUUCAGGAAUUACUUCUUGAGUGAGAGACACGACCGCGAAAUUUGUAAGAAAAAAUCAUCAGAUCAAUCGUGUUUGGCUUGUGAUAUUGGUGUUAUUUUCUCAGCUGUGUAUUCCGGGGAUCGGACACCUUAUAGUCCAGCUCAGUUUCUUUACAGUUGGUGGCAGCAUUCAGCAAAUCUAGCUAGUUACGAGCAGCAGGAUGCUCAUGAAUUCUUCAUUUCAGUGUUAGAUGGAAUCCAUGAGAGAGAGGGAAAGGAGAGAAAUCCAAGUAAAGAAAAUGGAGAUUGUCAGUGUAUUGCUCAUAGGGUUUUCUCAGGGAUGUUAAGAUCAGAUGUAACCUGCACAACUUGUGGGUCUACUUCCACAACUUAUGACCCAUGUGUUGACAUUUCGCUCAACAUGGAUACAAGCAACUUUUCUUCAGUGGACGUGGCGAACAAGUCUAACAGACCAAAUGAGGACACAGGCAGAUCUACUCUUUUGGCAUGUUUGGAUCUGUUCACAAGGCCUGAGAGGUUGGGGUCCGAUCAGAAACUGUACUGCCAAAAUUGUAAAGAAAAGAGGGACUCGUUGAAGCAAAUGUCUAUUAAAAGGCUUCCAUUGGUCUUGUCGUUACAUAUCAAGCGGUUUGAGCACUCUUCCUUGAGAAGAACAUCAAGAAAAAUUGAUUGGCAUUUGCAGUUUCCUUUCUCUUUGGAUAUGACCCCUUAUUUAUCAUCCUCGAUUGUCAGAAACAGAUUUGGAAAUAGAAUUUCUGGGUUUGAGAGUGAUGAAGCAGAUAUCUCUGCAGAAUUCGAGAUUUUUGCUGUUGUCACUCAUUCGGGGAUGCUAGACUCAGGCCAUUAUGUGACUUAUCUGCGCCUGCAAAACCAAUGGUACAAGUGCGAUGAUGCUUGGAUUACCGAAGUUGAUGAGAGAAUUGUCAGAGCGUCACAAUGUUAUAUGAUUUUCUAUGUUCAGAAGAUGCUUUACUACAAAGCAAAUGAGGAUUUGAGCUGCAUGCCCAUGUCCACAAGGAGGGACCCAUUAGUUCCGAUUGCUGGUUGUUGCUAA